AGCCGCGAACGCGGCGGCUUCAGCCCCGCCCACUGGCGCCUACUACUACAGCGGCAGCCCCUGCUACUACCUCCUCGCGACCUCCCCUGCCCCCGAGGUCAGCCCUGUGCCCACCCGCGUGGCCCCUACUUGGCCCCCGCCCCCGGCUCGGCACGCGCCCCUCGCGCAGCGCCCCGCCCCCACCGUCGCUGCCCGUCCCGGCAGCUCCCAACGGGAGCCUGGGCGACCAGCAGGUCGUGAAUACAUUAUCCCAUCUUUGGCUCAUCGAUUUAUAGCAGAGAUGGUGGAUUUCUUUAUCCUUUUCUUUAUCAAGGCAUCAAUAGUUUUGAGUAUUAUGCACUUCAGUGGAAUAAAGGAUAUCUCAAAGUUUGCUAUGCACUACAUUAUAGAAGAAAUAGAUGAUGAAACUUCCAUGGAAGACUUGCAGAAAAUGAUGAUAGUGGCCCUUAUCUACAGAUUGCUGGUCUGCAUCUAUGAGAUUAUUUGCAUUUGGGGAGCUGGUGGAGCAACUCCUGGGAAAUUUCUGCUAGGCCUUCGAGUUGUGACAUGUGAUACAUCUGUACUUAUUGCACCAAGUCGUGUGUUAGUGAUUCCGUCAUCUAACGUGAGCAUGACAACGUCUACAAUACGAGCUUUGAUCAAGAAUUUUUCUAUCGCUUCCUUCUUUCCAGCAUUCAUUACUCUGUUAUUCUUUCAACAUAACAGAACAGCCUAUGAUAUUGUAGCAGGGACUAUUGUAGUAAAAAGACGUAGUGUCAGAUGAUACUCAAGGACACCUUUAUUCCACUGUUCAAAUAUACUGGAGCCACCUUGCUGGAUUUCUGAAUCUCACUCAAGAACAGUGCCAAUUAAGACAUUAAGUUUGCUUUUUUCCAGCAAUGCAGUAGGCAUUGGGGAACAGCACUGACUGAAUUUGAGAAUAUUUGAACAGAGCAAGAACACUCCAAAUCUUCAAAAGUCAUUGGCAGUUUCACAGGAAAAGUAUCUCUCUUGUGAGAGGAAUACUAAUUCUGUAUCAAAAGAUAGAUUUAUUUUUAUGAAUACCUAAAUUGUUGUCAUUAUUGGAGUAACCAAAGCAAUUACAGUGUUUUUGAGGGAAAUUUACCACAGAGAAUUGUAUGCUUUUGUUUUGAUGGACUCGUAAGAAUUUGCUACUCAUAUAAAAGCCUUAUCAUUAAUUGCUCACACAACCAUUGUAUUUUAAAUACUGAAGAGAUUUCUGUAAAUGUGUUAAAUGUCUUGCAUGAUGUGGAUAUCUUGAACAAAAUACAAAUUCAACGUAUCAAAUAUUAUGAAGGCAAGUAAAACUAGUAUUAAUAAAAGAUAAAUACUGAGCUUUGGCAGUACUGCUGUAGACAACUAAGACAAAUUGCAGUUUAAUCCCUGCUUUGGAUGGAUUAUAAAUUGUUUUAUUACUCUUUCUCCCUCUUUUCCAUAAAGAUUUGGAGUUUUCUAUUAAAGCACAGAAAAUUUAAAUCUGUAUUUUAUUGUGUAAAAAUACUUAAUUUCAGAUGUAUUUAACAACAGCCAAACUAAACUUUGAAUAAACCAGAGAAAAUUUAUGCAUAACUUUUUGCACCUUUUUAUAAGAAAAUGAGGUGUUUUUUUUUAAAUUACACUAUUGCUAAAGCAAUACAAGGAAUUUGUGCAACAAGUGUAAAAAAAUGUAAAUAAGUACUGUCAUUUUAUCUGCCUGUGUGCCUGGAUCACUUAAUUAUACUUACUAAAUAAAGCCUAUUUAUUUUGCAUGA